UGAGAUUGAAGAAGAGUUCUUGUUUUGUAUCUCAGUUUCUCUCUUUUUUUUACACAAAUUCAAUUUAAACAAAUUAAGAAAUAAAACAGACAAACUGGAUGGUAUCCAAUGUAGGCUUAUGAAAUAGUUAGGGUAGUAAUUGUACCGGGUAUCCUGUACCGAUUUGGGGUGUUUGAAAAUAUUUAUUUAAAUAAUUUGUGAGGAGAGAAGGACUACUGCUCAAGUGAGUAGAGGAGGGGAGCUGGAGAGAGAAGCCCACGCACUUGGCAAAGUGGUGAGUCCUGUGAUGGCCUCUACUAAAGCUGUGCUCUCGGCCAGGCUGACCGUAUUCUUGGACUCUCAGACCAGCUGAGUGGAUCAAUGAUGGAAUUACAAACAUUACAGGAGGCGCUGAAAGUUGAAAUACAAGUUCACCAGAAACUGGUUGCUCAGAUGAAACAAGAUCCUCAGAAUGCCGAUUUGAAGAAACAACUCCAUGAACUCCAGGCCAAGAUAACCGCUCUGAGUGAGAAACAGAAAAAGGUGGUGGAGCAGCUGAGGAAGGACCUGCUGGUGAAGCAGGAGCCCGAGCUGAAGCUGCAGCUGCAGGCCACACAGAUGGCCGACACCAAGCACCUGCUCCAGCUGUCCACCACACAGGCUCAGCAGCCCCCCACCACUCAUAACACCGGGGUACAGCAGAAGACUUUGACACUCACCCCGGUGCUCACCACUAAGACGCUACCUCUCGUGCUGAAAGCUGCCACCACAACAAUGCCUGCUUCUGCCACCGGCCAGUGUCCCACCGUCGCCAUGGUUACUGCCAUAAGCAACAUGCCCAAACCUGUGGUCAACUCCGACUCCCAGGCCACACCCAUCAACCUGCAGGUGGCCAGCAAAUUGCCCAAUCAGGGCUCAGAUCCUGUCCGCAUCAUCUCCAAGAAUGCCAUUGUGGUGCAGGCCGCCACCACCACUUCGGCCCAGCCAAUCAAAGUUCCUCAGUUUGUCCCUCCUGCUAGAGCAACGCCGCGGCCCACCUACCUGCCUCAGGUGAGGCCGAAACCUCCUGCACCCAACAAUGUGCCCAUCGCCCCCGCACCUGCUUCGGCCCCACCCCCACCCAUGGUGGCCGCACCCCCUCAGCUGCUACAGCGGCCAAUCAUGCUGGCCACCAAGCUGAGCCCCUCCUCCCUGUCACAGACCACGCCCAUCCACCAGGUGCGCAUAGUCAACGGUCAGCCCUGCGCCACCCUCACCAAGACCACGCCCACUGGACAGGUGACUGGCAUUGUCAUCAGUGCGCCUGCACCCACUCUUCAGAUCAGUAGCCUACCCACAGACACAAAGACUGUUAAACUCCAUGGGGGGGCUGAGCAGGUUCCAGUGACUCCGCCCUCUUCCACACCCCCACCUCUGCCUGUGGCCAAACCCAAACGCGAGGAGAACCCUCAGAAACUUGCCUUCAUGGUAUCUCUGGGCCUAGUGACGCACGACCAUCUGGAAGAGAUACAGAGCAGGAGACAGGAGCGCAAGAGGAGAACAACGGCCAACCCUGUGUACAGCGGAGCGGUGUUUGAGCCAGAGAGGAAGAAGAGUGCGGUGACCUACCUGAACACGCCCCUUCACCAGGGCACCAGGAAGCGAGGUCGCCCUCCCAAAUACAGCAGCGCCCCGGACGUGAGCGCGCACCCCCCGCGCUCUCCCUCCGGCUGCCACCCCGCCUCCCUAGCCCCCGAGCGGCUCGACGCGGGGGGGCUCCCUCACCCCGCACACCCUCACACCCUCCCUCUGCCCUCUCCCAGUUCAGGGGAUGGAGACAUCCAUGAGGACUUCUGUGCCGUGUGCAGACGCAGCGGCCAGUUGCUCAUGUGCGACACCUGCUCCCGCGUCUACCAUCUGCCCUGCUUGGACCCGCCCCUCAAAAACAUUCCCAAGGGCAUGUGGAUCUGCCCCAAAUGCCAAGACCAGAUUCUCAAAAAAGAAGAUGCCAUUCCUUGGCCAGGGACUCUGGCUAUUGUCCAUUCCUAUAUUGCAUACAAAGAAGCUAAAGAGGAGGAGAAACAGAAGCUGUUAAAGUGGAGCACUGAGCUGAAGCUGGAGAGAGAACAACUGGAGCAGAGAGUCAAGCAGCUCACCAACUCCAUUACGAAAUGCAUGGAGACCAAGAACACCAUCCUGGCUCGGCAGAAGGAGAUGCACUCCUCGCUUGAGAAGGUGAAGCACCUCAUCGCCCUCAUCCAGAGCUUCGAGCGCAACCAGACUCUGGAGCCUGAAACCUGCCCACCAGUCACAGAGGAAUCCUUAAAGGCUCCCCAACUUGUCACAGAGGAAUCACCCUUAAAGACCUCACAACUAGUCACAGAGGAAUCCUCCAAGGUGGGCCCCGUGGUCAAGAUGGAGGUCACCUCUGAGGUUAAGAUGGAGGUCGCCUCUGAGGUUAAGAUGGAGGUCACCUCAGAGGUCAAGAUGGAGAUCACCUCAAAAGCCACUUCAGAGGUCAUUGCUGAGGUAUCAAAAGGUGCCCCACUUGAACCUGCAACCAGGGAGGAGCCCAAUUUUGAGGUUGAACCUGAUUCUAAAGUGCAAUCUGGUUCUAAUGUGGGGCCCAGUGCAGAGGUAGUACCUAGUUCUGAUGUGGGGUCCAGUGCUGUGGUGGAACCUAGUUCUGAUGUGGGGUCCAGUGCUGUGGUGGAACCUAGUUCUGAUGUGGGGUCCAGUGCUGUGGUGGAACCUAGUUCUGAUGCGGGGUCCAGUUCUGUGGUGGAACCUGCGCCUGAGAUAACAACCGGUGCUGAGGAAGAAGUUGGUUCAAAAGUUGAGCUAAGUCCUGAUGUAGCAGCCGGGUCGGAGGUGGUGGCUGGGUCUGGAUGUGGGCCCGAGGACGGUGCCGAGGCCCCAGACACCAGCAGACCAGCAGAGCCCAUGGAGGUCUCAGCCAACGGAGACACAGACUCUCACAGUGAGAGCACGGGGCACAGCCACCCGUGUGCUGCCCCGCCUGAGGCGAACACAACCCUGUUGCCCAGCAACGGCACAGCAGAUACGGGGGCGCAGGGGGAAGCUGCAAAGGAAGCAGACCAGGAGCAGAAUGGCUCCAGUAAUGGCAAAACGUCAGAAGGCUCCCAGGGGCCUGUCCAGCCUGCUCCUCACAACCAAACAGAGUCCCCUAAAUAACAUGCACCUACUCACCCACAUCACAAAGAACUCCACUGCACCCAGGACUGGUGUGCUAUGUUGCCAAUCUCUCUCUAUAUAUAAAUAUAAAUAUAUAUAUAAUGAAUAUAUGGACACUUUUUUUUUGUUCUUUCUGGUUGGACUGUAUUGUAAAGCUGUGUCAGCAGCACAUUUAAGAGUGGUUGGAGGCCUGGAGGAUGUAGACCACAGUACCCAAUGCUUGAUUGGGCAAGGGCCAUGCCAGUCUGUCAUGCCAACCUCUCCCGAGAGGGAGGUGCUGAGUUGACCAGUCUGGAGCAUCCUACCAGCGUGUGCCUGCAGCACUAGGGACUCACCUAUAAACAUGUGGAAUUAAUCCUUCAAACAGUCUUUCCUGAAGGAUUUAAGAACUGGCUAGUAGGAUGGCAACGUUAACUUUUCAGCCACUCCUAUGGUGUUAGGGGACUGGCUGGCAGGUUAGUGAAGUUAUCCUUUUGGCCACCCCUGAAGGCUUUAGGGACUGGCUAAGGCUAGUCUUCUACCCUUGCGGUGGUAGUUCCCAGACCAUCCAAAGCCUGCCUGCUGCCCCCAUGGCUCUGUGUUUCCUAAACCAAAAGAUCUCUGUCCACAGGCAGGAAAGCAUCAGUAUUUAGCCUAGUGUCCAGGCAGCAGGGAACACUGGGGUCGGGAAAGUCACUCUCAACACCUCGGGUGAGCAGUCAACAGACAUGACACAAGGAGAGGAAGUUGAGGGAAGGCAGAGUUUUCCCGUUAAUGAGGAGCAAAGAACAGCAAAAUGGGGCAACACAUGGGAGACCUCAGAGAACAUGUGGUAACUUAGGUUUUUUUUUUAAAAAAAAGAAAGGAAAAAAGGAAAACAAACAAUAUGGUGUUGGUCCUGUGUAGUGAAAAUGUGUUGUGUGUGAAUUGGUGUGUCAGUCCUGAGCGCUAAAUGUGAACAGUUGCAAGCUUUGCAGUGUCAAUCUGUCAAAAUAUGACACCUUGUCCAUUUCUGGGGAGUAUUUCUUUUUUACAUAGAGGUGGAAAAAUAUGCAGGUCUUCCUAGUCUUCAGAAAUACAAGUGCUUUUUUUUCUGUUAGAUAAGUCAUUUAUUUUGAAAGGUGUUGACUGGUAUAGUUUCUGCAGGCUGGUCUACUGGAGGCCUCGAGAUCAGGCCUCAGAAGAAGGCUUCUGCUGGUUUCUGAACUGCCAAAUAUUUUUGUAUCCGAGUGUAAAAGGGACAUGUUCUUUUCUAAGGACCAGGUCAGUCAAUAGGAAUCCCCAUUUAAAUGCGUGUGAAUGUUGCACUGUCAUUGCUAACAACAAAUGUGCUUUCCAAAUUUCUGUCUUAUUUGAUGGAAAUUUUGAUGGUACAAGAAGGGGGGCAAAUAUUGCAACAAUCUUUGAAACUAAAGCACAAGCUUGUCCGAAAAAAAAAAUAGUUGUUGAGAGGGAGAUCUCAGACACACUUGAACAUUUUCUUUGUUAUGGCUUUUGCUUCAAGUGUGUAUGUGUCUGAGUGGACCUGUUUGUCAUUUUUGUAACUUGUUCUGAGCUUGCCAAGAUAUCCUCCAUGCCCUUAAAGAGGUGAGGGGCCUUGUCCCCACAUUAGUCCCAUGUGCAGAAAAUACUCCUGACUCUAGUCCCAUGUGCAGAAAAAAUGACGGAUGUUUGUGCUGACAUUAAUUCACAAUGCAGAACAUAUUCCCAAUGGUGAUGCUGACAUUAGUCCACCAUACAGGAAAUAGUCCUGAUGUUGGCCCUGAUUUAGUCCCCUAUGCAGAAAAUCCUCCGUACUUUAGUCCUGACUACUGCAGUGUGUGGAGAGUGCACCUGACCUGACAUCCUGAUGCUAGUCCUGACGUUAUGUCUCAUGUUAUUCUGCUCCUGACACUAGUCCUGACAUCGGUCUGCUCCUGACGCUAGUCCUGACAUCAGUCUGCCCCUGAUGCUAGUCCUGACGUUUGACCUAGUUAAGUGUGCAGAGAACAGACCUGCUCUGCUCUGUAGUAUGAGUUUAUGAACCCUCCCCUCUCCUGCCCCCACAACUGAUCUCUGAAGAAGAUUUCCCCACAGAAUGAUGUCAUGUCAACAUUAGUCAUGAAUUGCUAGAAAUAGAUUGAUAAAUAUCAGACUUUGAGGCCCUUGGUCUGGGAUUGGCUGAUCCUUUUAUUACAAAAUUUGGACAUCUCUCAAGAUGGCUGAUGAUUCUCCCCAAGCACUUAAACUCAACAACAUCCCUAUCUAGUAGUUGUGCCAGAAGUAGGUAAUUUUUGUCAGCAUCCUGAUUUGACAACUUGUGGAUUUAUUUUUGUCACUGCACAGCUGAUGAUGUGUAUCAUGUUUACAUUAAUUCAUGACCAAUUAACAUAUCUAAAAAGAAAAUAUUUGAUCAAGAGAAAAGUAGGGACCCAAUGAUGGCCAACAGUGGUCUCAAAAUACUAUUUGAAACAGGUUCUUAAUUGCACAAUUAAAAGCAUUACUAAGAGAUGAAACCAAUUAAAAUUUAGAUAUUUGUCAAGUCUGUGUGGUAGGACCAUUGGUUUAGUUAUCUGGUCAGACCCUUUGACUGGAGAGUUGUGCUGUUAGUGGUCGUUAGUGUCGAGUGUGUGAUGGCAGGUGACUGAGUGGCUGCACACCUGCAAGUUCAUUACUGUGAAAUUACAUAUCUUCAUCUCAAACACACGUUGGCCUGAUACAAGGCUCUCUCAUGUCCAAUCAAGUGUUCUGUUGGCCCACUCUGCCCUUCUGAACCCUCACGUUCUAACCAGGAGGAACCCUCAUGUUCUCACUUGGAAGAACUUAUUCAAUGUUUAGGUACCCAGAGUGCCUUUCCUCGCUCCCUUGUUUUUUCCAGCUGCACUGUGACCGUCAUCACUGCUUCUCUUAACAGCUCUGACACCCGGCAUCCCCUGAAACCGUCAGUCAGUGGAGUGGAGACCUUAAAGCACAACAGCAGGUUCACACAUCAGUGUGUGGACAAGCAAUGGACGCUUUCAUUAGGAGUUCUACAGUGGAGGUGUAGUUGUAUUGUUAGGGGUUUGGUUUGAGUUCAUUGAAACUGCCUUAAGUUGUUUUUAUCCAUGGUGAGAUAUUGUCCAAACUUUACACAACUGAGAUGGCUUAAGAGUCUUAACCUGUGGCUAGUGUGAAGGUGAAUGUGACAGAGGUGCUUAACUUAAGCCACCAUCUCUCCAAUUUGCAAGAUCAAAACUCAAGUGUGAACAUUUUUGAAAGUGGAAACCACUAUUUCAUGUAGAUAUUUACCUUCAUUUUACGCACUUUUUAUACCCCAGGUAUUUUAAUUUGUCUCCCUUGGAAGCGUUGCCCAUCCGUGAUGUAGACUUAAAUCAGGGAGUUUGAUUCCAUCUCAUCCUCAGGACCCUAGAGCUGAGACCCCAACCCUCCACACCCGCAGUCUGUGGAGUCUCUGUGGUUCGGAACAUAUCAGUGCUCCUGCAUCAGCCUUCAUCUCCACGCUCUUUACUUGCACAUUCUUUUGGAGUGACUUUGAUUUGGAAUCAGGUGAACUAAGUUCAGGCUUGGAAGGAUCAAAUGAGACUGCUUAUUGAUUGGAUAAACCUGUUCUACCUGGGACAUCAUCUGUCCAAUCAGGAACUCUGAGAGCAUGCCUUUUUAUGCAAGUGUUUUAUAGAAUUGUUUUCAGGUUUCUUUGUUUUGGAUAUGCAUUUUACUUUGUGUUUGUAAAGCUUUAUGCAAAAUUGUCAUUUUAUUUUUUUCUGUACACAUUCUGGCAGUGUAAUGCCAAUUCUUAAAUGUUGACAACAGACUUGCAACUCCCCCAGAGCAUUAUGAAUUUUAAAAUGAACAAAUGAAACUUCAGACAUUGCAUCUGUUUAACCACAAGGGUGGGAAGUGUGACCCCAGUCCCUGACGCUCCUGCAGAGCUGCGCUGGACUAGCCUGAAAGCCAGAGACUAUGGGUGGAGGUAGCCGGUCCCUGACUCUGAGGGGAGGCUACCUUGGCUGAUGCUUCGAGCUGAAUGCUGAUGUAAAUGUGCUGGGGGCCAGUUGGGUGGGGGUUCUUGAGUACGGUGUUGUUGAGUGCAUUUGUUGUGUUUUUAAAAUUUUAAAAAGAAAAACAGCCACGCAUUCCAUUUAACAUUUGAAUUUGUCAUGACUCCAGUAUACCCAAAGAGAUCGCUAAUGUGCAUUUCUUUUUAUUUUAAUUUUAUUUUUUUGCUAUUUUUUGCCCUUUUAAAAAAAUUUUUAAUUUUAAAUACAUAUCAGUUGACUUCCUGAGGCACUGUCAAUUGUAUGCUUGUCUUUUCCAGCCCUUGUCUGGUGAAAAGUGAAGGGUUCACCUCAGUUGGGGCAGGCAGGAGUGCUGGGGGUGGGGGUGGGGUGCAUCCCUGGAGCUGUUGUAGUUUCCUGGGUAUUUCCUCUCCGGCGUGCUGGUAUGGGCAGCCCGUCCCCUAGCCAGUGCAUUACAUGUCUUUAUUUCUUUUUUAAAAUGGCAUAUCGAACUACAUUCCACAUCCUCUGUUUUUACUUCCAUGUAUGUCAUUCUUGUGGCCUUCUGGUAUUCUUGAUGCAUUUCAUCUGAUAUUGUUGUAAUACUGUUGACGUCCCCACUGUUGUCCACCUGAGAGCGUGUGUUACCUCGUCUGCAGUACACACAAUUGACUUUUCAUGUAAAGUGUGCAAAAAAAGAAAAAAAAAUUCUGAAAACUUCCACUUUGUUUCCACACAGAUGGGGAUGCAUAGUAGCGAUAUGAAUUACAAAACAUGGCUCACCUGGUGUGCUGAACUACGUGUACAUUGUUUAUUACACAAUCUGAAUAUUUGUAAAAUUGUUUGUAUUUUUUCAUGAUGAUUUUAAAGAGAUAAGAAGUGUGAUUAUUUUUUGACUUGUUUCUGUUACAGAUCUUCUUGUUUUUGUUUUGCGUUGGCCUGACAUUGUGAGUGAACCGCUGGGUUUCUUACCUCUCCUGUUUUGAGCCUUCUCUGUGAUAAGUUAUUUGUAUGCAGUAUUUAGAAGAUACUGUAGGGAACGUGGGAAGAAGUUGAUAUUAGGAGCAUUUGAUCAAUUUGUAUUUAUUUAUUUUAUCAUUUUGUUAAUAAAUUGUUAAAAUGAA